AUGACGAUGUUCUUUGUGAAUAUUCUCCUGCUCUGGACUUUGCGUGUGGCACAGUUCAGCAGCAUCUCUCAGCCUGUUUCUUUUCAAACAGCAAAGCUCGGAGAUCCAGUCACUGUGAGAUGUCACAUCAAGAGUGAACAGAACAAAAGAGUGUGGUAUAAAUUCACCACAUGGAGGAGACUACAGCUGGUGGUGACAUUUAACCCUAGAUACAAUAGCAGUAUAUUUGAUUUUACAUUUUAUCAGCGUUUUUCAGUGAACUUAAACAGAAUCAACAAUCAUCUGAGCAUCUCUAAAACAACAUGGGAAGACGCUGGAACGUACUUCUGUGGAGUAAUGUACCUAAAUGAUGUUCAGUUUGGAUCCGGAACCUUUCUGAUGGUGGAAGGUGCAAACAUGAUCAGUGACUCUGUUGUCCAGCAGCCUGAGUCUCUGUCAGUCCAGUCAGAAGGAUCUGUAGCUCUCAGCUGUUCUGUUACCACCCACUGUGAGGCCAAACACAUCAGUGUCAUGUGGCUGAAAAACUCGCCUCAUUCUGCUGCACAAAUCAUCUACCCAUCUGGAUAUACCAACCUCAGCUGUGGGAGGACAGAGCGUGGAGAAACAACCUGUGUAAAUCACUUCAGCAUUAGGAAACUCAGCCAUCAUGAUGAUGGGACGUACCACUGUGUGGUCACUUCAUGUGGGAGCAUGCUGUUUGGGAGCGGGACCAGAAUUAACAUUGACAAACAGCAGCCAGAGCUGAGUCCAGCUGUUGUUACUCUGAUGAUAUCAAACAUUAUUCUUGUGGUUGUGACUUUCGUUCUUCUGUGGAAACUUUGCACAAGUUGGAGGAAAGAUGCUGCAGGAGCAAAUGUGGGAUGCCCUGAAGUCCACCAGAGGUAG